AUGCUUGUGGGGUUAACAUUUUAUUUUGUACUAUUCCGCUUAAUACAGUAUUUGCUGGUGUUUUUGACUCCGAUUAGGCAGUUCGAUACAUCAACUUCACUUUUAUUAGAUGAACUAUGUUCUCCUCCCUCUGAAAUCAACAGUUAUUGGAACAAAUAUUUUUGGAAUAAGCUACUAUCAUGGGAUACUGUUUUCUUUAUCAAGAAUAUCACUUCUAAAAACGGAAAACCUCAAUUUGAGCACGAAUACGCGUUUUCUCAAUUGUGGACUUUCUUCGUCAGAUUGUUUAUCAGGACUAAUAACGAAAGCAUCUAUCAUGCCUUAAAGGUUGCAGUUGCAAUAGAGAAUAUUCUGUUCUACUUAUCUGGUAUUGUUUUAUAUUUUUUAACCAAAAAAAUUUUUAGCCAAAAUAUAAAGCAAUCACAGUUUGCUAGAUCUAUCGCUAGAAAGACAUCUCUAUUAUUUUUCUUAACUAGUGCUGCUGGAUUCUUAACAAGCAUAUAUUCUGAACCAUUAUCAUUUUUCUUUGCAUUUGUUGGUAUUUGGAGUCGUGAAUGCUCCAUUUCCAUGCCUGUAUUAGGUCAAUUCGAUAUUCCAUGGAGAUAUUGGUUUUCUUACUCCUUCAUCAGCAUGAUUUGCUUUACCUUAGCAUCCCUGAAUCGUUCAAACUGUGUUUUGCUUGGAAUUUAUUUUGUUUUUGACCUUUUUGAAUUAACAAAGAACAGAAAAGUAGUAAAAGCAAUAUGUUUCCCGGUAUUAUCAGGAUCCUUAAUGUUUUCUGCUCUAGUAUAUCAGCAAUAUUACCUGCCAUAUAAGACAUUUUGUCCCCAAAGAGGUGAGUGGUGUGAAUCUGAAUUUUACCCAAGCUUUUUUAUCACUAAAACCUCUCUAUAUUCUUAUAUUCAGGGUCAUUACUGGGGAGUUGGAUUUUUGAAAUACUGGACCCCAAACAAUAUCCCAAACUUUUUGUUUGCUGUACCAAAUAUUAUCAUUUUGAUUUAUUCCUCUAUAUAUUUCAGCAAAAUUUACCCCUCCUAUAAUUUGAAAGCCCUCGUAUGGAUCACCAGAGCAUUGGUCGUCAUAGUAUGCUUUUUUGCCCAUGUCCAAAUACUGAACCGUAUAGCGUCCUUUUUACCAUUGCAUCUUUGGUAUUUGGCUGAUAGAUUGGUCAAAACCUCAGAUUCUAAAAAAAUGGAAAAUCCGAAAGGUGACGAUAAAAUAGUCAAAUUUUACAUAUAUUGGUUGGCAUUUUGGAUACCUUUACAAACUAUUCUGUUUGCAGCUUUUUUGCCACCGGCCUGA